CUGAGAAAAUCCAAUCAUUGGUAUCUUCCUUCCUUGAUGUGAUAUGCUUGUUUAAUUUUGCUUUUAUAUAUUACUAUUUUAAUUCCACAUUCUCCCGUUUUCUUGAUGUCUUGUUAUUCUAAGUGGGUUUUUAACUGAUUUGGUUUUGUUUUUGUUUACUUAUAUAAAUGUUUCUGGUUUUUCAUUUAUUUAUUGUUGGCUGGUAAUUUUCUUCCCUUUUUUUUUGACUCCAGUUGGUUCAACAACCUACAUGUAAAGAAUCUUUGAUUUUUUUGGUUAAUUAUGGUUUAUUUGUUUCAAUCGGAUGCUCCUCCAUUCCCCAAUUGGUGGACUUGUUUUACCUCCAUUCCAUUUAAGCGGCUUUUGGACGAUUAGUCUUGGUCGUCUCUUGAGCGUUGUUUUUUCUGUACUUUUUAUUUCAAUUUUUUUCUUCCUUUAUAUUUUCAAAUAUUCAGGCCUUGCACGUCUCCAUCAUUUCCUCCUAACGGUCAUCUCCAAAAAGGAAAAGAAGAGCUUCUUGGGUUGGCUAGAAAGCUUAUGGAGCCUGGUUUGUACUUGAAAAAGAUGACCUGAAGUAGGUCGACGAUUUCUUCAUCCUUCAUGAAGAUCGAUAUAAUUCAUUAUUGAUUUAAGACAGUAGCUAGCUUAUGAAAUUAAUUUUAUCUUGGAUAACAUAAGAUAGUAGCUCAUGUCAUUAAUUUUACUUUUGAUUUCCAGUGUAAAUCCCACAAGACUUGCUUCACCGAGUUGAGACAAGGAUUUGAUUCCCAUCAUGGCUGGAAUGGAAGAAAAUGCUGUCACAAUUGGAGAGACGAUGCCGUUUCUUUCAGAUUUCAAGUCUGUUGAAUUCGGUGCUGGCUCAUUCUCCGACUCGAUGCGAGAUGGAAAUCAGGCAAAAUUUCCGGCAUCCCGCAAACAGGAUGCGACUAUGAAUUUUAAGCAUAGUGAUUCUUCAUCAGAACCAAGCUCGUUGGAUGUUCAAAAGUCAAGCAUGCGAGGAGGUCUUGCUGAAAGAAUAGCAGCAAGAGCUGGUUUUAAUUCUUUAAGGCUUAAUACAGCUGAGAUAAGACAAGUGAACUUCUCUUCCUCAACCACAGAUGUCUGUUCUUUAUAUAUCACGAUUCCUCCCGGCCUUAGUCCAGCAGCAUUGUUGAAUUCUCCAGUCUUUCUUUCUACUUCUCUGGCCGAACCUUCACCGACUACAGGCAAAUUUCCUUUCACACAAUGCACUAAUAAUAGCUCAGUUUCUCUCUGGGGCACUCCUGAUAAAAGAGAGACUCACACAGUUGAAGACAUGGAUCCUCAGUUAUUUGCCUUUAAGCCUCAGCUUGGAUCAAACUCUUGUUAUACUUCAUGUGCAGAAAACAAAGCGGAGCCAACAACUAAUCACCAGCAUUCCUUGCCAAGUUUCAAGGAGCUGGCUCAAUCAGAUUGUCCUGCUCAAACCAGGGGUGUUGAAGCUAGUUUGCAGUGCCAACCUCGGCAAGAUCUCAACCUUGAGGAUGGCUCAUACAACUCUUUUUCAAGAAAAGAUGGCUUAUAUGAUUCAACCAACCAGAGAGAUACCACUGAGAAAGCCAUGCUCCACCAGAUCGCAACUUAUCCUAUCAUGGUUAGUGAACACUCUCCAACUCCUGAUGACCCACAGGGUGGAGAAACUGAUACAAAAGGAGAAGUCUCAUCUUUGGCUGUCGGAGCUCCAGCCGAAGAUGGCUACAACUGGAGGAAGUAUGGACAGAAACACGUUAAAGGUAGUGAAUUUCCAAGGAGCUAUCACAAAUGUACUCAUCCGAAUUGUCCAGUGAAAAAGAAAGUGGAGCGCUCCCGAGAAGGCCGCAUAACUGAGAUAAUCUACAAAGGAGCUCACAAUCACCCCAGGCUCUCUCGCUCAUUCAGCAGCAUGCAGCUUGAGGGCUCGGAACAACCCUUUAAGGCCGGUGCUCGUGAUGGGAGGAAUGAUGGCCCGGAGGCAGCACCAUCUCCUUCUCUAGCUGCUGCAUUCUGCGACGCAUCCAAUUCAAUGGCAGUCAUAGAGGGCUCCGCCAGUUGUGAGAUCAAAGAUGCCAUGGACGUUUCCUCCAACUUAUCCAACAAUCAAGAUGAGACCGACCGGGCAAACCAUGGCAGAAUGUCGCGAGGUUGUGAUGGCGAGGGAGAUGACACCGAACCAAAACGAAGGAAGCUAGAUGCUGGAGAAUUAGAAAUGAGUGCAUCAUCAAAAGCAGUACGUGAACCGAGGGUUGUGGUCCAAACCACUAGUGAGGUUGAUAUCCUUGAUGAUGGGUACCGCUGGCGCAAAUAUGGACAGAAGGUGGUCAAAGGGAACCCGAAUCCCAGAAGCUAUUACAAGUGCACGAAUCCAGGUUGCACAGUCCGGAAGCAUGUUGAGAGGGCAUCUCAUGAUCUCAAGUCGGUGAUCACAACAUAUGAGGGAAAGCACAACCAUGAGGUCCCAGCUGCGAGGAACAACUUCCAGGCGAGCUGUGGAUCCUUCAAUGCACCACCAACCUCUGCACCCCAACCUCAGAGCCUUCACAGAAGGCCAGAGCUAGCGGCUCAGAUGCAAGAGAGGCUGGCUAGGCUGGACUGGCCACCACCAGCGGGCAGAGCUUGCAUAUCUGGAAGAGAUCAGCUUGCACCAACGACCAGCUUCUCGUUUGGGAUAAACAAAGGCAUGGCAAUGAACCUUGCAAUGGCUGGGUUGGGGCCCUUGGCUUCUUCCAUGCAAAUGCCAGUGCCCCCUUCGGGUUACUCGUAUCUGCGCGUCGACCAUCGCAAAGCUUCCGAAGGAGAGGGUUCAUGAACCCUCUCUUUCGAACGCAAGGAGAAGCCCGCAUCGAGGAACCAUCAUCAGAUGACGCGAAGGGUACUUCUGGACCUCAGCUCUAAAUAACAGGAUGACAAGUAUGGAUCAGUUACUUCUUACAAGGAAUGCAGAGACCACAAUUGUUUCCUUGUGCAGCUCUUUUUUUGCCAU